ACCGGAAAACGUCGCGCAAACUGGGGGCUACCGUAAAGCGUUCGAAGUGUCCUUCCGGUUGGUUCUUUCUAGCCAGAGAGUCCCCAGCCGAGGUGCUGCCUUUUCUAUGCUUCCUGGGAAGCUUUUUCUUCCUGCGGAGAUGCAUCUUUCACUGACCAGAAUGCAAAGGCUUCCUCUCCUGUGGUGCUCUGAAGAUUUGAUAUGCCCAGAAUAGGAAACAUUGCUGGCAGAUGCUAACUGUUGAAACUCCUCACCAUGCAUUGGAUAAGCUUUUUCACAAAGGCUCUGUACAGGAGGCAUCUUAUGCCAGUGCACUUUUGUGUUCAAAGGAGACUUUCCAGCCAUCUAUCGAGCAAGGUGACUGAAGAUGUGGUAAAUCAACCAUCGCCACAGCUGAGCGAUGCUAGAGGAAGAGAAAACAUAAUUCUCAAAACCCCCAAGGGCACCAGAGAUUUCAGUCCAAAGCAGAUGGCCAUCCGUGAAAAUAUAUUUGCCACCAUUAUCAGCUGCUUCAAGCGCCAUGGAGCUGUGACAAUCGACACCCCUGUGUUUGAGCGGAAGGAAUUGUUAUUUGAGAACAGUGGAGAUGAUUCAGAGCUUGUCUAUGAUCUGAAAGAUCAAGGAGGAGAGUUGCUGUCUCUUCGGUAUGACUUGACUGUGCCGUUUGCGCGUUAUUUGGCUAUGAACAAAAUUACCCAUUUUAAGCGUUACCAGAUUGGCAAAGUCUACAGGCGUGACAGCCCAACCAUGGCUAGAGGGCGCUACAGAGAGUUCUGCCAGUGUGACUUUGACAUUGCUGGCCAGUAUGAUCCCAUGAUUCCUGAUGCAGAGUGUCUGAAGAUUAUGCAUGAGAUCCUAAGUGCCCUACAGUUUGGAGAUUUCCUGAUCAGAGUCAAUGACAGACGUAUUUUGAAUGGGAUAUUUACAGCGUGUGGUGUUUCUGAAAAAAACUUUCUAAGUGCUUGUUCAACCCUUGACAAACUGGACAAGAUGACAUGGGAAGAAGUGAAACGUGAGAUGGUCAAAGAGAGGGGACUCUAUCCUGAGGCAGUUGAUCAUCUUGGCGAAUAUGUUCGGUUGCAUGGGGGACUGUCUCUGAUUGAGAACUUGCUUCAUGAUCCUAAAUUGGUGCACAAUAAGCUUGCCAUGGAAGGGCUAGAGGACAUGAAAUUGCUGUUUGAAUACCUUACCCUGUUUGGCAUCACUGAUAAGAUUUUCUUAGAUCUGAGCUUGGCUCGUGGUCUGGACUAUUACACUGGAGUGAUCUAUGAGGCCGGCUUACUGCACCAACAAGAUGGCCACUUAAAAGAGUCUCUCUGCGUGGGCAGUGUGGCUGGUGGUGGGCGCUAUGAUGGGCUGGUAGCAUCAUUUGAUCCAAAGGAGCGAAAGGUACCCUGUGUUGGAGUCAGCAUUGGUGUUGAAAGAAUAUUCUCUAUCAUAGAGCAAAUUACAGAGGAAGAGAUCCGCACAACAGAAACUCAAGUGUUGGUGGCAACUGCUCAGAAGAACUUCCUUAAUGCAAGAAUGAAGCUAAUCUCUGAACUAUGGGAUGCUGACAUCAAGGCAGAGAUGUUUUAUAAGAAAAAUCCAAAAAUGCUGAAGCAGUUGCAAUAUUGUGAAGAAAGAAGAAUUCCUCUGGUUGCCAUCAUAGGACAACAGGAGCUGGAUGACGGAGUUGUAAAACUUCGAGAUGUAAUUACUAGGAAGGAGAUUAAUGUUCCUAAAGAGAAAUUCAUAGAAGAGAUCAAGAAAAGACUAAAGAAAUAAACACUUCAUUUCAAAUUUUUAAUAAUACAAAUUGCAAGUUA